AUGAGUGACCCCCUCAUUGCCAGCAGCAAGAUGUCUGAAGCUACAAACCCCCCACGAGGUAUCACGAUAUGCGUGUACUGUGGUUCGUCGACCGGCAAUGACCCUGCCCACUUGCAGACUGCGCGGGAUUUGGCGAGGCUCAUGGCUACCAGAGGAAUCAAGUUAGUCUAUGGCGGAGGGACCGUGGGACUCAUGGGGGAAGUGGCCAAAACCCUGGUAUCACUAUCAGGUCCCGACUCAGUACACGGUAUCAUUCCUGAAGCACUCGUCAAGUUUGAGAGGGACGAUACCUACAACAGCGUUACUUUGGGGAACAUGCCCAUUCCGGAGGAGGCAACUUACGGUCGCACAACCAUUGUCAAGGAUAUGCACACGCGCAAGCGCAUGAUGGCGGAAGAGGUGAUUGCCGGAGGGCCCGGAUCCGGCUUCAUAGCCCUGGCUGGUGGCUACGGCACCAUCGAGGAGAUCUUGGAGGUUGCGACGUGGGUUCAGCUUGGGAUCCAUCAACGCGGCGUUUGCCUGCUCAACAUCAACGGCUUCUGGGAUGGAGUAUUGGGCUGGAUUCUUCGAGCUGCUGAGGAGAAGUUCAUUCAACCAGCUAACGCGGGGAUUGUGGUGGAAGCAAGCACCCCUGCUGAGGCUAUCGACAAGCUCGCCGCAUAUGAGGUCCCCGAUUCCAUCCUGCAUCUUGAAUGGGAUAGGGUCUGA